UGGACUAGCCUUGAGAAUGGACCAAAGGAUAAGAUUCAGCAGAAGAAACUUCGAUGCGUGUUUCUCUCUGAGCACGAGGAGCAAGAGGUGAGUUGGCGCCUUUGAAAUGGUUUAUGAUGAAGCGUUCGAAACUGAUGAACCCCCCACAGCACCAGGCUGAGACUCUCAAGACGGAAGGCGGCGAGACCAACGAAGAAUUUGCUAACGCCAGCGCAUCGCGUCCUAAUUCUUAUGAAGAAUUGAACAAAUCUCAAGACCCAUCAGUCCUACGUAAAGAAUUGUCAGAUGCACGAGAAACAAUUCAGCGUAUGCAACGAACAAUCGACUUGUACGGCAAGGAUGGUCAGCCUGGUAACCCAGCAUUGGUAACCAAAUCGGCGGCUAUGAUACCAGCCAACGGUGAAGGAUACCCCGCUCAUGUUAUAUUCCUCGUAUCUCUUAUAGUCUUCCUUCUCACUUGGUACUUUAAAUAAUCCAUGCUCAUUUUAUACAAUAUAUCUUUUUUAUUUCGAGAAUCAAUAAUUGGGCUUAUCAUUUUA